CAGCGCCGUCCUCGACAACUAUGACGAGCGGGGCUUGAAGCAGCGACCAGCCUUUUCUGCUGCGACCCGCAAACCAGGCCUGGAAUUCAAAGAAGGGGACGCUGCACAAUGUAGGACGGCUGGUCACCAGUGGGACUCCAUACUGCCCUCUGGGGGGAGGGGUGGGGCACCAUGGAGGCAGCGGGGCAACCCCUAACCCCAGGGACCAGCUAUGGGCUCGCACCCUCAACCUCAGCACAAAACCCCGCCUCCCUCAAAUGCACCUUACAGUCCUCAUGUUCUCCAAAUGUGAGGGACGUCCUGAUGUCUGCCAAGCGUCCGAGGGUGCAGGCCGGCGAUGAGGGCGCUCGGCUCAGCGGAGACCCGGGGAGGAGCGCACAGAGGAGAUGCAGGUCCUCAGCCUUCCCUUCCUCCCUCAGCUGGGACUCUGACUCCGAGAGAGAAACACUCGAUGAGGAGGAGCUACAGCACUUUUCUAACCCGCACGGCCUGGCAGCUCACAGCCCAGGAUCCUCUUGUUCUGGACUCGGUCCCGAUCGUGAAGACUGCCAAGAACCUGAAAAACUGCAGCACUUGCAUGGCGAGAUGAGCUGGUCUCCGGCCUUGGAGGGGCGCCGCGGCGACCAGGAGAGCACAACGACAGAAGAGCCAAAUACGUCUCGGCUCGGCCCGCCAGGCUUGGCAGACAGCGAAGCGUGGAAUGUAUCCGAGCUGUUCCUCUCCAAAGGAAAACCAAAGGACGGUUGCCAAAUAGAGGAGGAGGAGGAGAUGGGCCAUAGUGAGGGGGAGAAGUGGCCCAGGGGGGAAGAAACUAAGGAGCUUGGGAAGGAUGUGUACACCUUCCCUGUAGACUCGGACCCCGAGAGUCCCGCUCCCGCCCCCUGGGCUCAAUGCACAUUCAUUCAGCGGUGCCGGAAGAAGAGGGUGCUGCUCAGGCCCUUCUCCGGACUCGGCACCUCGAGGCGCACGUCGCCUGAGACCGGCGAGCGGGCGACGGCGAGUCCUCCAAAACCCCAAAGCGCCGAGACGGCAGGGCGUUUGGAUGGCGGCGCAGAGGUGUGCGGUUUUGAGGAGGCCGGCUUCGGAGAGGCAACGGCGGAGGAGCCGACGAAGUUUGGAGGGAAAGGGGACGAAGAAGCGGAGGAAGAGCCGGGUGACGAAAUCUUCACCUGCGUGGAAUGUAGCAUUUACUUCAAGAAGCAGGUGCACCUGCAGGAGCACAUCGUCGAGCACUGUCUGAGUGGCGCCCCGGGCGGCGGGCGUUCGGGAAAGAGCGGCCGAUUCCGCUGCGUUGAGUGCGGAUGGGACCUUCCGAAUCGCCUCGCACUGGCCGACCACCACAAGAGGCACCAGGAGUCCCGUCUGAAGAUCUUGGAGGAGAUUGAGAAACUGAACGGAAACGGGAAGGCGAGAGGGAUUCAGAAGUUCGACGGUAAGAGCUCGGACGCCGCGGCUGUGAUGCGAGAUGCGGGAAAAACGUUGGACCCAGAACCGGCGACGUGUCCGUCACUUCCCCCGGCUACGGUUUCAACACCAGACCCGGCAGUUCUCGACUCGGACGCCGCUCCUCCGAAUUCGGUUCGAUGUCCGGCUCCGGUCCGAGGUGCUGCCGCCGGCCGCCGCCGCUUCGUCUGCACAAAGUGUCACUUCAGCACAAGAACGCCUCAGGCGCUGGCCAAUCACAUCAAGACCCACAACAGAAAGACACUGGCUGACCCCCAGUCCCCUGGGCCGCCAUCGGUUUCCCUGGCCUGUGGUCAUUGUGCCUUCCUGACCUCCAGUCACACUGUCAUGAGGGAACACCAGAAACUCGUUCACCCGGUGGAGGUCUCCAGUGGCGCUCUGGCGGAUGAGACUGGCCAGCGUUUGAGGUCCCACGAGGGCGCUCAAAUUCCCAAGCCCGGCCUUGAUUCUGACCGUCUAGCUGGAUCCGGAUCCUCUCACGAUGCGACCCGAGGCGAGAGCCAGCAAGGAGCCGCUGCCUCUGAGGGCGGCACGACGCCAGACGGCGCUGCAGCUCGGCCCGCGAGCCAGGUGGUGUUCAAGCGCACCGGCAACAGGAGAUUUAGCAAAAGAGGGAAGGCCUGGACGGAUCUGGCCAAGUUUCUGGAGGAUGACAAGCUGACAGGGACCAAAGAAGAAGAGCAGGACAAAGAGCCGAGCACAGAGCGUUCUCAACGAGAUGCCAACUCACCUGUUGGAGUGAAACCGCACACCAGAGCCCGAUCCAGCACAGAGGACUGCGCAGCACAGCGGAGCGCCACAUCACUGCUCCCCCCUGACAAGUGUGUGAACGACGAAGACGAGCUGGAGGUGGAGAAAAACGACGCGGUGCUCUUUCCGAGGAGGAGCAACCGGGUUCCCGCCGCUCCCGCGGACACCGACAGCGAAGAAGACGACGACGGCGGCGGCGACAUUGACGAGGAGCACGUGCGGCGUCUCUUGUCGGAGGGCUUCUUGGACGAAGACCCGGACGGGAUGGACGAGGACUCCGAGGCGCUCAAGUGUGUGGAGAGGAAGUGCCCCUACUGCCCCGAUCGGUUUCUGAACGGCAUCGGGCUCGCCAAUCACGUGAGGGGCCACCUGAACCGAGUGGGCGUCAGCUACAACGUGCGUCACUUCAUAUCCCCCGAGGAAGUCAACGCCAUCGAGAGGAAGUUCUCCUACCAGAAGAAGAAGAAAAAAGUUGCCAACUUCGACCCAGACACAUUCAGCGUGAUGCACUGCGAGUUCUGCAGCGCCGGCUUCGACACCCGGGCCGGCCUGUCCAGCCACGCCCGGGCCCACCUCCGCGACUUCGGCAUCACCAACUGGGACGUCACCAUCUCGCCGAUCCACAUCCUGAGGGAGCUGUUCUCCAGCAGGCCCGACCUCGUGAUCCCCACCGCUCCCCCCCGGAGCACCAGCUCCUCGGAGGAGGAGGAGGAGGAGGAGGAGGAGGAGGAGGAGAACCAGAUUGAGGAGGGGGAAGGAAUUGUUGAGGUAAAGUUGGAGGGGGACACAAGCGAGAGGACGCUGAGUGAGGACGUCCCGGAUGCGCCGCCGAUAGCGUCUCAACGCUUGAAGGAGGAGGACGGAGUUGAAGAGAGUGAAGGUGAGGAGGAAGCAGCCGAGGAUGAUGAGGGUGACGAGGAGCCCCAGCGUCCAGCAUUGGACGCUCUGAACUCAAGCCGGACACAGAAAGCCGAGCUGUGCGGCGUGGACCCGGACGGCCUCUCUCCCGGGGAGGAUGCAGACUCCAAGGUCUGCGACCUGAGGUGCGCGGUGUGCGGAGCCCAGUUCGAGACCAGGCGCGGGCUGUCCAGCCACGCCCGCUCUCACCUGCGCCAGCUGGGCGUCGGCGUCUCGGAGAGCAGCGGGGCGCCGAUCGACCUCCUCUACCAAAUUGCCAAGGAGGGGCGCGCGGGCGGCCGCGUAUUUCCUCCGGAGCCCCUUUCCGCCAAGACCUCCGCCGUCCCUCCGGAGGAUGAGGCGCUAGGAGACAUGGACUCGGACGAGAACGCCAUCCCCCUCUCCGUCCUGGCCAAAGCGGCGCCGCCCUCUUCCUCCUCCACGCCGUCGCCUGCUCUCGCCGCCUAUCCCGCUCCGCCGCACUCCGGCUCCCCGUCGUCCGUCGUGAGGAAGGCCCCCAUUUCCUCGCUGCUGCCCGCGUCGUCCCCCUUGCGCUUCCUGGAGCACAAGACCGGGGGAAUGCGGAGCUUGACCUCGAGCCUCUCGUCCACCGUCGCAACCAAACCCAUCUGGGCGCCGCAGGAGAACGACGCUCCGCUCAACCUCACGCUGGAGGUGGACCCCAACAAGGACAUCGUCUGCCAGCUGUGCGGCGCCUGGUUCGAGACUCGUAAAGGUUUGUCCAGCCACGCGCGGGCCCACCUGCGGCACUUUGGGGUGGAGUACUCCGAAUCCAAGGGUUCUCCCAUCGACCUGCUGAACCAGCUCAUCGACACGGACGGCUUCAAGCACAAGGCCGGCGCGCUGCGGCUCGACGGCCACGCGGCCGGCCCGAAGCGCUCCCUGCUCGGCCUCUCUUCCUCCUCGUCCCUCCUCUGCAGGGCGGCCGGCGGCGGGUCCAGGCCCAAAGCGACCUCUUCCUCCUCCGCCGCGCCUCCUCUCGGCCCGGCCGCCAAGCGUCUCAAGUCCUCCUCCAUGAGGGUCUUCCGCCUGAGCAGUGGCGAGCUCAUGGCCCUUCCACACAGACAACGGCAGCUCAGAGGGGACAAUUUAUAG